AUGGACGUGCAGAAGAAGCUGGAGAUUGUGGGGGUGGAGGACGAGGCGGGAAACCCCAUCUCUGCUCUGACCAUUCUGUCUCUGCUGGAGAGAGUGGCAGGGAUCAUCGACAACGUACAGUCCUGUCAGCAGCGUAUGGAGGAGCGGCAGCAGGAGCUGGAGACCAGCAUCAAGAACAUCCAGGGAGACGUCCUGAAACUGUCCAAGGACCAUGGGGACACCAGCAACACCGUGGACAAGCUGCUGCAGAAGACACGCAAAGUCAGCGCCAACGUGAAGGAGGUCCGCAGCCGAGUGGAGAAGCAGAACGUCCGCGUCAAGAAGGUGGAGACCACCCAGGACGAACUGCUUACCAGGAACAAGUUCAGGGUCGUCAUCUACCAGGUGAGCACCAGGAACAAGUUCAGGGUCGUCAUCUACCAGGUGAGCAUCAGGAACAGGUUCAGGGUCGUCAUCUACCAGGUGAGCAUCAGGAACAGGUUCAGGGUCGUCAUCUACCAGGUGAGCACCAGGAACAAGUUCAGGGUCGUCAUCUACCAGGUGAGCACCAGGAACAAGUUCAGGGUCGUCAUCUACCAGGUGAGCACCAGGACCAGAUAA